AUGAGGCAGGCGCGUCCGACGCGUUUUGCCCACACCGAACUUCUGUCAUCGCGUAACCCAAUCCACGCCCACGAGAUGAGCUACAACGGUUACGAAACUUCGUACACAUCCUACGGCGCCGGCGGCGGUGCUGGUGGAGGCGGCUUCAUACCAGGAGAGGGCGGCAGUACACAGAGCCCGGGCGGUCGACAAGACCGUGCCCAAGACACCCUGCGCCCUGUCACCAUCAAGCAGAUAUUAGAUGCUCAGCUUGAAGCCGGCAGCAAUGACGCCUUCAAGAUUGACGGCACAGUAGUCACUCAGCUCACAUUUGUCGGCCAAAUACGCAACAUAUCCAACCAGACUACCAAUACUACAUACAGGCUCGAUGACGGCACUGGCAGUAUAGAAGUCAAGCAAUGGGUCGAUUCCGACGCCCAAGAACAGACCAACCCCACCAAAGCGAAACUCGUCGAAGGUGCUUACUGCAGAGCAUGGGGUAAGCUGAAGAGCUUCAACGACCGAAGAUCUGUCGGAGCGACAGUCAUCCGACCCGUCGAAGACAUGAACGAGGUUUCCUACCACCUACUCGAAGCGACCGCCGUACAUCUAUACUUCACCCGCGGACCUCCUGGCGGUGCGCAGGGCGGUGCGGCUGCUACCAACGGCGCCGGUGGACAGCAGCAAGCGGCCAUGGGUGGCAGCUACGGCGGCUAUGAUCUCGGUGGCUACAACCAGACAGCGAAGAAGGUGUUCCAGUAUCUGAGAGAAGCGCCGCAAUCGAACGAGGGUCUGAACCAGCAUGAGAUUGCCGCGAAACUCGGUAUCGACACAGCAGAGGUCGCAAGGGCUGGUGAUGAUCUGUUGUCAGGUGGUCUCAUCUACACGACUGUUGACGACCAGACCUGGGCUAUCCUUGAGGCAGAUUAA